CUUUAUUUUACCGUCUAAUAAAUAACUUUUGAAAGUUAAUUGUCAAAAUAGUAUUAAUCUGAGUUUAAAACGCACAGUAGAUGGAUUUCCUAUGAAAAAAGUCUCUGUCAGAUACAGAUGGCACUCCUCGACUUAUUGUCAAAUUUGUCUUUUGUUAGUACAUGAUACACGUGACAAUUAUGAAAAAUGUUAAAUAUCGUCAAGUGUUAAAAUGUAAGGACGAACGAUUUGUAGUGUUGAUGUAGUUCAAAUAUCAAUCUAUUCGAUGAGUAUAUUUUUGUACCGAUUCCACGAGCUUAAUAGAUAUAAGUAUGAAUAAUAGAAACGAUAGAUCCUCGUUUGGUUUUACUACUGCUAGUGGUAAUUCGAUCAAUGUGUCUGAGAAUGCUUUAUCGAAAGCAAGAAAACUUUUUGACGAACUCAACGAAACCGAGAGAUUUGAAGGAUUUGAAGGAGCAUUCGAAGCUGAAAAUGAAAUAAAUGCGCGUAAUGUGCAGGCGCCGACCGCUGGGUUCCAAACUGCAAGUGGUCAACGCAUUAACGUGACCAAUGAAGCACUAUCAAAAGCAAAGGCUUUAUUUCAGGAAGAGAUGUCGAAAGAUUUUGAAACUGCUAUAGCAGUGCCGAAAGCAUUGCAGAAACGAAAAAUCAAAGACAUGGAUGAUAACGUGUCUUUGAGUAAACCAAAAAAAUCUAAUGAGUUUAAGAAGCUACGAUUCAGUCGUGAGUUUCAGGUUCCAAAAACUGUUUACAGGGACUCGAGGAAUAUCGAGGAGAAAGAAAAUCAAAACACGUCCCUGAUACUUGCCGAAGAGAAUCUAAAUCAUCAUGUUGAAUUUAAAUUAAAUGAUAUCGUUAGAACAGAGUUGAACAGGCAAAUAGAUAGCUCCUCAAUUUCGCAUGAAGUAGCUAGCGCAGUUGCACUUUUAGCUGACGAAAAGGAUUUAGAUUUCACAGAACAGUUGUCUCCUAAGGAGAAGAAAGAGGAUGAUGAAGUUAUGGAUUUUCCAUCUAGUCCUGUAAUAGGGGGGCAGUUUAUUCUUAAGAAACGAAAGAGUAUAGGCAAAAGAAAAAGUACAAAUAAAUGUAAACUAAAUAAACCUGUGGAUAAUUUGGAGAAAUUAACUAACAAUUGUGCAAGUUCAAAUCAAUGUAUAAACUCAAUAGGAAAGCAAGAUUCGACAAAUGAAGAAAACCAGUGUGAAUCUGUAGUUGCCAAUGAUUUUGGUGACACUCAGUUAAUGAUAGACUUUAUUAAUCAAUCUGUAACUAUAUCACAGAAACGUUUAGAAGCUGCUUUAGAUCAAGAUAAACAAAUUAGUUUAAAGCAAAGAAAUAAGCCAAAACCAACAAUAAGUAAAUUAUAUUUUCAUAGAAAGAGUAAUACCAAAAAUCGUAUAUCGUGGAAAGAAAUUAGCAAAGGAAAAAAACCUAUUCUAUGUACAUAUGAAGAGCUUAUUAACAAAAAAUUAUCACCUGAAAUUUUGAAUAUAACAGCUGAAAAUGCAGUAAUGUAUAAGUUUCAUUGUACAGAUUUUUAUGGGCAAAGUAUUAUGGAAAGUAAUAUUGAUGGUAUAAAAUUGGAAGAUGGAGCUUGUUUAAUUAUGGAUGAAAAUGGUUAUGUAGGAAUUAAAGAAAUUAAGAGGUCAUUUUUAGCAAGUCCAGGUGUAGAUCCUAAUCUGCUUCCCACUGGAUGGAUAGAAAAUCAUUACAAAUGGAUUGUAUGGAAAUUAGCAUCAAUGGAUAGAGUGAAAUUAGGUUCUAUUACUUUACCAAGAGUGUUAACUCCUGCCAGAGUAAUGAUGGAAUUAAAGUACCGUUAUGAUAGAGAAAUUGAUAGAUCUCAAAGAUCAGCUUUAAGAAAAAUAUUGGAAAAAGAUGAUGUUGCAAUCAAAAGAAUGGUUUUAUGUGUGUCAUCCAUUACUGAAUGUGAUGACUCUGUUGAAAAUAAAAAUCUAUUAAAACUACCGUUCAAAAAAUUGAUAUUAACAGAUGGAUGGUACAGUAUUCAAGCUUCAAUCGAUGAGGCAAUGAUGAAACAUGUGAUUUCUGGUAAAGUAAAAGAAGGAACAAAAUUAUUAAUGUAUGGAUCUGAAUUAUUAAAUUGUGAUCAAGGAUGUCCACCUUUAGAAGUUCCAAAUAAUGUAUAUUUAAAACUUCAUACCAAUUCAACAAGAAGAGCAAAAUGGGAUACGAAGUUGGGGUACAUAGUACCAUCAGGACCAAUAUGCGUUAAAUUAAAGACCAUUUAUCCAAAUGGUGGUUUAAUUGGGAAGAUUAAAGUUACAAUUGCAAGGGUAUAUCCAAUGUUGUAUCAUGAAAAAACUUCAUCAGGAGAAUCUAUUUUUCGAAAUACCCGAUGCGAAGAAAAAGCCAACAUUAUUUAUGAAAAAGAAUGUCGGUCAAUAAUAGAAGCAUUUUAUGCAAAAGCAGAGAAAUAUUUUCAUACCGGAAACAGCAAAGAUAAUGUAAAUACAGAUAGUAUCGAUUUAGCAGCGAUUGAAUGGAAUGAAAAUUGCGAAAAAUUAUCUAAAGAGGAAUUACUUUCAGAACAAGAAUUUAAACAAUUAAUGAGUGAUUGUCGCAUGAAAGAAGAACAAUUUAGGCAAAAAUUAGAAUCUCGAUUACAAGAAAGCUUACCUCCGCCACGACAUGUUACACCGCUUUUAAAAAUUCGCAUAACUGAAGAAGAAACAAAUGCUAUUCUUUCGAUUUGGUCUCCCAGCGAAGAAAUUUUAGGUAUUUUAAAAGAAGGAAAUUGCAUAUCAGUCUGUCAUGUUAUGCCUUCAGCAAAAAGAGGUAACGAAUUACUACUAAGUGCAAGUCGAAAUGCAUUAUUUAGACAAGUAAAUGUAUCUAAUAAUAAUUUUCCUCGAAGAGCGUAUACAGCAUUGUAUGAAAUAAAUAAGCCAAUUUUCUCUCCAGCCUACGGAGAAUUCGAUACAGUAGGAAUUAUUAUUUCUAUUGGAAACGAACCUUAUGGUAUGAAAAAUUUUCAAGCUGUAUAUCUGGCAUAUCCACAUACAAAUUCUCAGUCUUCGUAUUUAUCAGUACUAUUUUGGCAUGGAAUAUCGUUUCAUGGAUAUGCAGAAAUUUUGACCGUAGGAUCUUUUGUUGCUUGUAGUAAUUUAGAAUGGCGACGAGCUACGUCAUGGAAUGUACCAAUGGCAUAUUGCACAGAACGAAGCAAUUUUACUCGCAACCCUCGAGAUAAUCAUCUUCAGCAACCUUUUGAGGAUUUGAAACGUUUGAUAACGGAGAGUGGUACAUAUAUAGAUACGUGUGCAGUAGAAAUUUCACAAAAAUUACCAAAAAAAUCAAUAACAAGAAGUAGUUUCGAUAAAAUUGGAUCAGACGAAAAUAUUAAUUCUGACAUGCAAUUUAAUGAUCAUGCACCUCAGGAAUCUUCAAGAAGAAGUUUAACGAGUAACCAACCAGCAAAAUCUAUUGCUGUACAAAAGCGGCUUGAGAAAUUACAAUCUUAUGGUGAACCAUCUAAUCUAUCUCCAAUUAUACUUAAUAAUAGCUCCAAACGAGUAUCAUUGGAAUUUCAAUCUCCGUUACGAUCAAGAAGUGAAAAAUAUACGAAAGUUCAUACACUAUUGAAAGCAAAAUUUCCACAAAAUCCUAGAUGAUAGUGCGCAUUUUCCAUUUCAUUUAAAUAUGUAUUAGUUGUUCGUAAUAUUUUUGUAUAAUAAAUUGUUAGAAUAUUUAA